CCGGAAGUUGGUCCGCCGCGUUCUCCGUCCGGCUUCCGGGCUGCGGUCGGAUCCUGCGCGGCCUGGGCGGCGGGUGCAGCCUACACGUCUGGCAGAGAGAGUUGAGGGGGCACGCGGGGGUGCACCUGGCUGAGCGCGCAUGUUACAGAGCACAAGGACCUGGGCUUGAACCCGCGCUCCUCGCUCCCCACCUGCAGGGAGGAAGCUUCAGCUUAUCCUGAAGAUGAAAGUAAGCGCCCCGAUUCCCCAGGCUGUGAAGGAAGAGGAAUGAUUUUGCGGUCUGGUUUUCCAUCACAUCGAUCAGAAGAUGAACCCUGCCAAUCCCUUCAGCGGUCAGCAGCCGCCGCCUGGUGUUUUCCCAGCACCUGCCAGUAGUUCCAUAGUAACAUUCCAGGCAAAGCCAGCAUUCCGAUUUGGCCAGCCUUCUCUUUUUGGACAAAACAGUGCGCUGUCUGGGAAAAGUUCAGGAUUCUCACAAGUAUCCAGCUUUCCUGCAUCUUCUGGAGCAAGUCAUUCUUCUUCAGUGCAGACAGCAGGGUUCCCCCAAACCUCAAAUGUCGGUCUCUUUUCAGGACCUGAACACACUCCAGCUUUUGUCGCUUCUGGGCCUUCCAGUUCCUCUGUGUCUGCAAGCCCAGUGUUUAGUUUUAAGUCUUCUGGCAUUGGGACUUUCCCAAGUACUUCUACCUUUGGGCCAGAAACUGGAGAGGUAGCAAGCUCAAAUUUUGGGAAAACGGAGUUUAGCUUCAAACCUCUGGAAAGCGCAGUCUUCAGACCAAUCCUGGGAGCUGAUUCUGAGCCGGAGAAAACUCGGAGCCAAGCUGCCUCUGGCUUUUUCACGUUUUCCCAUCCGAUUAGCAGUGGGCCUGCUGAGUUGGCUCCGUUUGCUCUUUCUCAGGUGACAAGUGAUUCUACCACCAGUUCAAACUUUACCUUUUCAAAGCCAGUGAGUAGUAUGAUCUUUUCAUCUGCAUUUACUCCUGCGUUGUCGAAGCAAAAUGCAGAAGAGGAGAAGAGGUCUCUGCAGUCAUUAUUUGGCGGUUUGAGUAGCAGCUUCACUAGUUUCCCCUCUUCCUCUUCAGGGCCUUUGGGUGAGGCCUUCCCAGUUGGCAAAGCAGGUACUAGACAAGGAUUUGAAGAAGCUGUUUCCCACACGGAACCGCUCCCCAGCCUCAUGAAAGGACUGAAAAGGAAGGAGGAUCAGGACCGCUCCCCAAGGAGACUUGGUCACGAGGCAGCAGAAGACAUGGACCCUCUGCAACGGGCUGAUCACCCUCCAGACAAGAGACCUGUGCGCCUGAAUCGGCCCCGGGCAGGCACUUUGUUUGGCCGGACGAUACAGGAGGUCUUCAAGAGCAAUAAAGAAGUAACUCGCCUGGGCAACAAGGAAUCCAAAAAGGAAGUGGGCUGUGCCGAGUCUGGGGAGAACGAGCACCUGGCCGCUGCAGGGGCAAGUCACUCUGGCCUGACCCCUUCUCGGCUCCCAGCUGUGAACAGAGAGGAAGAAGCAGAAAGUAGAGAGAAGGAAGAUUCUCUACGGGGAACGCCUGGGCGUCAGAGUAAAAGAAGUGAGAGCACAGACAGUCUUGGAGGUUUGUCGCCAGCAGAACUCACAGCGAUUCAGUGCAAGAACAUCCCUGACUAUCUCAACGACAGAACCAUCCUGGAAAACCACUUUGGGAAAAUCGCCAAAGUGCAGCGGGUCUACACUAGGCGCAGUAAAAAGCUGGCAGUUGUGUAUUUCUUUGAUCAUGCAUCAGCAGCUCUGGCUCGAAAGAAGGGAAAAGGUUUACAUGAAGACAUGGCUAUCUUUUGGCACAAGAAGAAAACAAGUCCCAACAAGAAACCCUUUUCCCCCAAGGAGAAGAAAGCAGGUGACGGGGACGCUAGCCCAGGCACCGAGAACACGCCCUUCCAGCACUCCCCACUUGGCAAGUCGGUGGUGAGGGCUGCUAGCAGCCUCCUGAGUAAAAGCUCUCCAGUGAAGAAGCCGAAUCUCGUCAAGUUUGAGGGUGACCCCUUUGACUCUGGCUCUGAGGGCUCUGAGGGCCUGGGGCUCUGUGUGUCGUCCCUCAGUUCCCUGAUAGGCACUGUGGCCGAGACGUCCGAGGAGAAGUACCGCCUGCUUGACCAGAGGGACAGAAUCAUGCGGCAAGCUCGGGUGAAGAGGACUGACCUGGACAAGGCGAGGACGUUUGUGGGGACGUGCCCGGACAUGUGUCCCGAGAAGGAGCGGUACAUGCGGGAGACACGGAGCCAGCUGAGUGUGUUUGAAGUGGUCCCAGGGACUGACCAGGUGGACCACGCAGCUGCCGUGAAGGAGUACAGCCGGUCCUCUGCGGACCAGGAAGAGCCCUUGCCCCACGAGCUCCGGCCAUCAGCCGUGCUCAGCAGGACCAUGGACUACCUGGUGACCCAGAUCAUGGACCAGAAGGAGAGCAGUCUGCGGGACUGGUAUGACUUUGUGUGGAACCGCACAAGAGGCAUCCGGAAGGACAUCACACAGCAGCACCUGUGUGACCCUGGCACGGUGUCCUUGAUUGAGAAAUGCACCCGCUUCCACAUCCACUGUGCUCACUUCAUGUGUGAGGAGCCCAUGUCCUCCUUUGACGCCAAGAUCAACAACGAGAACAUGACCAAGUGCCUGCAGAGCCUGAAGGAGAUGUACCAGGACCUUCGGGGCAGAGGUGUUUCCUGUGCCAGCGAGGCCGAGUUCCAGGGCUACAACGUGCUACUCAACCUGAACAAGGGGGACAUCCUGAGAGAAAUACAGCAGUUCCAGCCUGUUGUCAGAAACUCUCCCGAAGUGAAGUUUGCUGUUCAGGCUUUUGCUGCAUUGAACAGCAAUAAUUUUGUGAGGUUCUUCAAGCUGGUCCAGUCAGCAUCUUACCUGAAUGCCUGCCUCUUACAUUGUUACUUUAACCAGAUCCGCAAGGACGCCCUGCGAGCCCUCAAUGUCGCAUACACAGCCAGCACCCAGCGCUCCACAGGCUUCCCGCUGGACGGCGUGGUGCGCAUACUGCUCUUCCAGGACUGCGAGGAGGCCACCGACUUCCUCAACUACCACGGGCUGGGCGUGGCAGACGGCUGUGUUGAACUCAACCGGUCUGCGUUCCUGGAGCCAGAUGGGCCCUUCAAGGCCAAGAAGUCGGUGUUCAUCACCAGGAAGCUGAAGGUGUCAGUUGGGGAGGUCGUGAAUGGAGGACCACUGCCCCCCGCCCCUGCUCAUGUCCCUAUGUGCAGCUUCAACUCCCAGCACAAGUAUGUUGGGGAGAACCUGGCCACAGAGCUGCCUGGGGCCACCCCAAGACCCAGCUUGGACACAGCAGGUGGAGAGAGAGCAGAGGACUGUGGGGUGGAGCCAGAUGCCGCCCCUCCCACUCUGCUGCAGCCUCUCGCCACCCCAAGGCCUGUGGCUGCAGCUCUGCCUCGCCUGCCCACUCCCAACCCCGUGGCCAUGCCCAGCCUCUUCCUGUCCCCCGCACAGCCCGAUCUGCUUCCUCCAAAGCCUGCACCUGUGUAUGCGGAUGUGGACCUGGCCCAGGUGGUGGACGAGCUCAUCCAGGAGGUGCUUCAGACGGACCUGCAGGAAGUCGGGGCCGCCGGGGCAGCCUUUGCGGCCACAGCUCUGGGUGUUUCCGAUGCUGCUGUGGAGGAAUUGCUCACUGCGGCGACCAUGGGCAUGCUGCGGCACGUGGCGGCUGAAGAAGUGAGUGAGGAGCGGGAGAGGCAGGAGGCAGAGAGACGACGGGUCGAAGAGGAGAGGUCGAGACGAGAGCGGGAGCUGGCGCUGACUCGGCUGAGCCAGGUCCUGGCCGCGGAGCUGACCGAGCUGGUGGUGACGGAGAGCGUGCGGGAGGGCUGCACCCAGGAGCUGAGGUGUGCUCUGGAGAGAGACCAGAGGGCCCGCAUCGACCGCUGUUCUGAGGGUGUGUGUGCUCACCUGGUGGACUUGUUUCUCGGGGAUGAGAUUUUCCAGACCUCGAAGGAGACCCUCCAGGAACUCCAGUGCCUCUGCAGGUUCCUCCAGCGGUGGAGGGAGGCCGCCGCGGCCCGCAAAAAGCUGAGGCGCCAGAUGCGGGCCUUCCCGGCAGCGCCCUGCUGUGUGGAUGUGGAGGACCGGCUGGCGGCCCUGGCGCCCAGUGCAGAGUGCCCUAUUGCCGAGGAGAACCUGGCCAGGGGGCUGUUGGACCUGGGUCAUGCCGGCAGAGUGGGCGUCUCCUGCACCAGGUUAAGGCGGCUCCGCAACAAGACAGCUCACCUGCUCAAGGUCCAACACUUUCGCCAGCGACUGCUCAGUGAGGCGGCGUGGGCACCCCUGGACCUGCCCUCCCUCGUGGCUGAGCACCUCCCCGGGGAGCAGGAGAGCGUGUUCUGGAAGCUGGUGCUGAUCUUGCCUGAUGGAGAGGAGCUGCCCCCUGGCGGCCCUGGCAGGAUUCUGGCGACCUGGUUGAAAGUCAAGUUCAUGGGAGAGGAUGGUCCGGCAGAAGGUACGUGCGGAGAUGCCGGUGGGAUCCAGACCCUCACGCUCUUCCGCACGCUCUGCAGCAAGGGCAGUGAGACCGUCUCCGUCCACGUGUGCGUGAAGGUGGUCCACGGCACUCUGAGCGACCGUGCCCUCGACGCCGUGGAGGUGGAGAAGGGGCUCCUGGGGGCCGGUGGGCUCCUACUGCUGCUGCCCCCCCGCGUGCCGGGCGGGGACGUGGUCGAGGAGGACGUGUACUGGCUGUCCGCGCUGCUGCAGGUCAAGCAGCUCCUGCAGGCCAAGCCCUUCCAGCCUGCGCCCCCGCUGGCCGUGCUGGCUCCGGGCCCGGGUGGGGCUGCCGUCAGCAAGGAGGUGGAAGACGGCCUGAUGCUGCAGGACCUGGUCUCUGCGAAGCUGAUCUCAGAUUACACCGUGCUCCAGAUCCCGGACUCUGUCACUGACGCUCAGGGCACGGGUCAGGUCUCCCGGGCCGUGUGCUGGCUGCUCUGCCGCUGUCCUCGCACCCUGGAUCUCUGCUGCCAGACCCUCGGCCAGUACGUGGAGGACGGGAUCGGCCGGGAGUUCAGCUCCCGCUUCUUCCGCGACAGAAGGCAGCGGCGGCGAGGUGGUCUGGCCUCGCAGGAGCCCGGCGCCGCCAUCGAGCUGUUCAACAGCGUCCUGCGCUUCCUGGCCUCCGUGGCGUCCUCCGAGCAGCUCUGUGACCUGUCCUGGCCCGUCGCCGAGUUUGCCGAGACGGGGGGCAGCCGGAGGGUGCCGCACCUGCACUGGAACAGCCCCGAGCACCUGGCCUGGCUGAGGCAGGCUGUGCUGGGCCUGCAGCUGCCGCACAUGGACCUCCCGCCCCCCGAGGCUCCCUGGCCGCCUGUGUGUUCAAUGGUGCUGACAUACGCUGCCCAGAUCCCUGGAUCCCGCCACACCCAGCCUGUGCUCCGGGCCCAGGUGGAGAGCUUGCUGCGCAGGACACACCUCCGGUGGGAGAGCAGGGGCUCCUCGGGACGGGGGCCAGGCCCCUCCGUGGAGGACAUCCCCUGGGACGACUUCAUCGCCUUGUGUAUCAACCACAAGCUGAGGGACUGGACACCCCCCAGGCUUCCCGUCACCCCAGAGGCACUGAGUGAAGAUGGGCAGAUAUGUGUCUAUUUUUUUAAGGACCAUUUGAAAAACUAUGACGUCCCUUCCUCAUGGGAACAAGCCAGAGCACAGACGCAGAAGGAGCUGCAGCUGAGCCAGGGCCGCUCGGGGACAAAGCCGUUUCUUCCGGCAAACAGCUUCCAUGCCCCCCUGCGUCUCGCGCACAGCAAAGGGAAGAGGAGUGUGGAGCCUGGCCGGGAGGCGAGGGCGCCGGGCGCUGAGGACCUGCUGCGUGGAGCUUCCCCCCAGGAGCUCCUGGCCCAGUGUCUGUCCGGCAGUCUGCUGCUGGAAAAGGAGGAGAGCCGGAGGUUUGAAGAUCAGCUUGAGCAGUGGUUGUCUGAAGAGCUGGUGUCACCUGCAGGCUCGGCCUCCCUGCCCCUCUACCUUCCUCAGACCCUUGUGUCUCUGCCACAGACCAUCAGACCUACAGUGAAGACACCUGCAGCCCCCAGCCCUCAGAGUGAAGGCACAAGGGAGCCAGAGGCACCGGGCAGGUCGGUGACGGAGCGGCUGGAGCGGCUGGAGCGGCUGAUCCGCAGCUCCCGGGAGGAGGACGCCGCUGCCGAGCUGCACCUCGCUGCCCUGCUGGACAUGGUGGACACCUGAGGCGCGGCUUGCUCUCGCCCAUAAUCAUGCAAAUAAACGAGCCCGUGUCUGAA